UAGAUGGUGAAUUAUUUUCAAAUUCCAAGAACUUUCCUCUGUCAUGUCUAUAUAUGCAUAUAUAGAUAUCUUGUCCCUGCAAAUUAGCUAUCACUUCUAUAAGUGGAUACCUACAAGUUGGUUGGACUUUUGGCAGAGCAAAUAUAUGCAACAAAAAUAAAGACAGACAUCACCGAAAAUGUCCUCAGAUAAAAGUCUAUCACUUGAUUUUUAUAAGUAUCUGUGUCAGAAGAUAGGAUCAGAGGAGGAUGUGAGAGUUAGAAGAUUAACUUGGAUAGUAUGUGACCUUGGUUUCCCAGAAGUGCCACAAAUUACAAGUGGAAGUAUAGGUGAAGGACUGGACAUAAAAGGCAGUGAUUUUGAUAUAAUGUUUAUUGAUCCUUUAUUUAAAGUUUAUGAAUCAGAUAGAGAUGUUAAUGUCCGAAUCAUAAAAAUUCCUCUGGUUUUGGAUACAGGGAAUACACAUCCAUGUUUCACACAACUACGUCUUCCCCUUCAUUUUCACGAUGACAGCAAUCUUCUUAAUUCAAGAAUGAAACAAAUGUUUGAGCAGGAUUGUCUGGUGAACAAGCUCUCAAACGAAAAAUAUAAACUUGAUUCAUCAUACAUCAUGAACCGUGAUUCUCCUCAACCUGGACCGUUAACUACUAUUCAUGGGCCAUGUUUAUCUGAUAAAUAUGGUGAAUAUGAUUUGGCAUUUUGCCUUAAAUGUGAUAAAUGGAUAUCACCAGCACAAUCCUGGGUCAGCAGACCACGUACAACAUGGCCUUCACCAGAACUCAUUACUAAAAUAACAUCUUGUGGAGUAUUAUUUGUUCCAAUUGGAUGCAAAGGGUCCUCACGGGAAAAUCUUGAAUGGAGAGUAUCCUUUUCUGUGGCUGAAAAAUGUCUUAUAUAUUCCUUCAGUCAUACUCAGCUAUUAUGUUAUGCUUUAUUGAAAAUCUUGCUGAAAGAAAUUGUGGAAGAACAUGAAGAUUUGAAAGGUUUAUUGUGUUCUUAUUUCCUGAAGACCUUGAUAUUUUGGAUAUCCGAAGAAUCUGACCCAUCCAUUUGGAAACCAGACAAUAUCAUACAAUGUUUCAUGGCUUGUUUAAAGAGACUUAUAUACUGUGUAGAAUAUUCAACAUUAUUACAUUAUUUCAUUCCAGACAAUAACUUGCUUUAUAUGAGAUUUAAUAGUGACCUUAAACACAGUAUGACUUACACCCUCAAAAAUUUAUAUCAACAAGGAAUAGACUGUUUUGUAAAUUCUGAGACUUUGAAGGAUUUUACAAGCCUAAAUUGUGAAAUUCCUGUCCUAUUAACACAACAAACUAUUAAAGAGUCCUAUCCAGUGUCUAGGAAAGUGACACUCAAACCAUUUUUAUACUAUAUGCUACAUCAUUGUCGUUGGACAAAUUUAGCAAGAAGAAUCUUUACUUUUUUUCUAUCACCAGAACAUGAUGAUUUGGAAUUACAGGAUUCAAAAUUUCAACCAAGAUCAAACAACAAACACAGGUACAAUGAGUACAAACACAUCUUUGGUAAACUUUCGAUAGUCCUAUCUUCAAAAACAAAAACAAUACCUGGAUGGCUGAUGUUAGCAUCUUUCUUUUAUGUCCACAAAAGGUACUAUACAUCAAUAAUUAUUAUAAAUCAUGCUUUAAAAAAACAUCAAGAUGAAGAAUUUUAUCAAAACAAUAUUGCAACUUGUUUAAUUCAGAACAAGGACUCUGUGUGGACUUUAUUGCAAAAAGAAAAAAUUCCUAUGCUAUUAAAAACUCAUAAACUCGAUUUUAUUUUUUUGGGUAGGAAUUGGUCAUACAUUCCACCAGAAGUAAAACUGAAGAAAAGAAUCAAUAUGAUCCCUUCCUUACCAUUUGCACAUUUCUUGCAUUUUCUGUGUUACUACCAUCUACAUGCCACUUCAUCAUGUAAAGAAUCCUUACAGAAGUUAUAUGAUUUAUACAGUUUGUAUUAUGAUAAUGUUACUGAAGAUAGUAAGAAUAUAGUCCUGUCUAUGAUGCAUUCAUCAUUCUUUAUUGGUAUAGGUUUUCAGAUGAUAGGCGAUACAAUCACAGCAAGGAAAGGCUUUCAGUUUGCUGCAAACUGGGAUAGAACUAAAAUUACCGAUGCAGCAGCAAGAUUGUCUUGUCUUAGUUAAUGUAAUUUAGAUCAACAUUUCUAUUAAAGUUACUAAUUCAAUAACAGAGUAUAAAUAGAAAUACAUUCAACAAGAGGCUGUCACAACGACAGCAAACCUGAUUUAUUAAUAUUUAUUUGUGUCCUGUCAAUAUCACAAGAACCAUUACUGAUGAAUGGUGAAAGUGAAAAUCGUAAAUGUACGGACACGACUGGAACCUCCAUUUUUCAAUCUUUCAAGAACCAUAACUCCUGAACGGUAAGAGAAAAAAAUCGCCAUUAUUGAACUUGACCUUCAUUUAGUUGUCAGUAACAACAUAUUAAAAUUUUAAAAGCUUUGGUUUAAGGUUCAUGAGUUAAUGCACGGAAAACAUUUGAUUGCCACCAGCCCGCCUGCCCGACCGACAGACGUACAUUCCCAAAUCAAUAUCCGACAUUUUUGUCACAAAAAUCCUGUUAAAAAUCAUAAUUUAAUAGAAAUCAUCAUAUAGUAAUAGGCAGACGUUAAAUAAUAUCAGUAUUUAUACCAAAAGAUUGUCCAAAUGGUACAAAACACAUCCACAAAUCAAUAGAUUGUUUUAAUGCUUUACGUAUUGUAUUGUGUAGUUGUAUAUUCAUUAAUAAAA